UUGAAUUUUAUUAUUACAUAACGCAUCUCUAAAUUGUUCGAUUUUGCCUUAUUGCAAAUAAAAUAAAUGUCUUCUAAUAGAUUUACCCUUAUUUACCCAAUCUAUAAGGACAACCUUGAACAAGGUAACUUCUUUCUUUCGAAUGUCAUCUUCUUCUUGAAUCUUAUGUAGAACAUCAUAAGAAGAUGCGAUUUCUUCCUUAUAAACAAAACCUUUCAAGCGAAUCCAAAACUUUCAUAUGCAAUGAGCAGGUGCAUCAACAUAUUCUGCCUAGUUGCAAGUAAAAUACCUUCUAAUAGCUUUACCCUACUUAUACAAUUCUAUCUAUCUAAUUUCACAUAAUUUGAACAGGGUACCUUCUGGCUUUCUAGUGUCACCACCUUCUUUUUUAAUUUCCUGUAGAACAUCCUCAACCGAUGUCAUUUCUUCCUUAUUAACUAGUCCUUUCAAGCGAACCCAAAACUAGAAAGAUCCAGAUUCAAGUUUAUCACCCCCAAAGGCCUCCUGGUUCAAAUUUUGAUGUCAUUUUCUUCAAAUCAUGGAACAAACAGAAAGUUCAAAAUUAAACUCCAAUACCCUGUAUCUUUGAAACCAGCAACAUUGUGUCUAGAGUCUGCGGUUGCUCUAUGACCCAUUCAUUAUGGACCACCCUGUAUACUCUUGUGUCUGUGCGACCGGCCGAUGCACGUUUGGCCUCUAUUUCCGUCGUAACCUUCGGGAUAAUUAUCAAUUCUCGAACGUGUUCUCGCGAAAGUGCAACCACGGUGGCUUAUUGAAAGAAACCGGUGUCUAAAAAUACUCUCAAACAUCCAGGUCUGCCUGAGUAAAUAUUUAAAAAAUGAAUAAACAAGAGUGAAACGACUCCCGUCGAAAGCAACGCGACUAUGUAAAACUCGAGGCUAUAAUGAACGAAGACGUCGCGACUCCAAAUGAUUCGAACCUACCCCCGAAGAAGUCAUCGAGGAAGCGGAAGACUGUCGUUAAACUUCCGACACCCCCGCCAGAUCCUACGACAGAAGCGGGUACCUCCAGCAACCCUGCAACGCAGGAUAGGGACAAGGACAACGAGGUGUUGGACUACAUAGACCUGCUGCACAAGAGUAUAUAUUCGAGAUCUACGUCCACGUUCGCACCGGCCAUCAUCACCGAGGAGGCUUUCGAUCAUUUGGAGAAGCUCUACAAACUGAUGGAACAGAUGUUGGACCUGAGGGAGCAGAACGUCAAGCUCCAUCGAAGAAUACGUGACCUGGAACACCUGAACAACCUCGGCAAAUUCCACUCAAACCUGGACCGCAUCAACAUCGACGAAGUCUAUCCAGACCUGGACAAGGACGCAGCUUUCGCCGAAACCAUCCUUGAAUCCAUUUUGCAAGACACCGCGGCCAAAAAUAAGGAACUCCAGAAGCAGUGCAAGAACCUCAGGCCGUCUAUACUAAGAAGACACCGCAGUGGAUCAGGCACCGAAAAACAAGUGACGCUCGACGGCGUGCAGAGCCUCGAGCGAGACGACAGAGACAAGAAGGAGAUGGUGAAAUGCGACAAGCCUGCCAAAAUCUCUAAAUGGACCAAAGUGAAGGCCGCUUUCAGGUGGGAGAAAGCGUCUACCAGUGUCGGAGGCGAGUCCAAGUCACAGGACAGCGGCAUUCACGUGCCGGUCAAUUACGAGAUAGCUCGCUACUUAAGGGUACCUUCUACCAGCGAUGACGCGGCUCAUAGCCCGGGUGACUCGGGGGCGGGGAUUUCCACCCCGGGGUCCAUAUCUUCAGCUUCGUCGAACGACGAUUUUCACAGACCAGGUCGCGGUACAUGCGAGGACUUCCGCAGUUCUGAAGAUGAAAAUCUUCAUCUAAGCUACAUUCCACAUUCAAAGAAAUAUCGUACAAAAAGCAGCCAUCACCACCAUCGGACUCCCUGGGCCAAAAUGAAAGAUAUAAUGCAACCGAGGAGUAGCUUCAAGAAAAAGCACAGGCUGUCAGCUGCAAGCGACGACAUCCAAAUCGACGUCGAGCUUUGCAGCGACAACGAAGACGUCUUCGAAGAAGAUGCUACCAACAAAAGUAUUCAAAUGUCCUUAACACCAUCUCCGAACGUUUACAGCUGCUCUAGCUCGAGCCCCUGCGAUGUACCGGCAGAGGUCGUCGAAAGGUAUCAAAAAGUUUUAGCUGAAGAUAGUGCCUCUGAUUCAGAACGAAGACCAUCCCGGUGGUCAAGAGUACGUAAAGCUUUCCUUUCCCACGACGCUGCGGGUCCAAGACCGUCUCGACAAACCAAAGACAAGCCAGAAGAUGACUCGGUGGAGGAGGAGAUCAGGAAGAACUACCGCAACCUUCAAAAGAAGCUCAGUCUGGAAUUUCAGGAGAAACUGUUCGAGUGGGAGCGCAUGAAGCAAAACUCGCCAGGGGUUUCGAAUAUCUCCCCCUCCUAUUCGUGUUACUCGGACGAAAACAGGGACCCGUUCUUCAUAAAGAAAAUGGAGGAGUGGCAGAAAUUGAAAAAUCAAUCUCCCACGAAUAAGCACAAACCCGCGGCGAUGACCAGAGAAUACGAGCUCCCUCCCGAGUUCAAGAAGAAGCUCGAAGAAUGGGAGAAGAUCAAAAGGAGUUCCGGAGGUGGCAAGAAGAAACUGGGCGACAUGCCGAAAUGGAAAAGUGUGGGGGGUCACAGAUCUGACGCCGCCCCCGCGUUCGAAUACCCCCCGUUAUCGGACGAGUUUAGGAAGAAGCUGGAGGAGUGGAAACAAAUCAAAGCUGGGGGCGGGCCGACCGUGGAGCAAAAGAAGCUGAAAGACAAAACGCCGAGUCCCAAGUUGAGCAGAAAGAACUCGUCUCCGAAGCAUAACAAGAAACACAAAGAGAACGACAAGGAGUUGCAUUGGGUCGAGAAGGAGUUGACGAAAAUCGAAAAAGAAAAGCAGCGAUUGGAACGGGAGAAGCAGAAGUUCAUCGAGCGGGAGGAAAGACUCUCCAAGCUACGAAAGUCUGUCCUGGGAACUAACAAAAAGGAAAUCCUUAUACACACCCCAACCGGAUUCCAUAGGUUCGAGGGUAUAUCCAGGAAAUUCACUCAGAAAUUGUACGAGUGGGAAAAAUCUCAAGGCAUCGGUCCAGAAGAUUCGACGUUUGCUCUUCUAUCGUCUUGUCGUCACGAAGCUGGCAGCAGCAAGCGAUUCAGCACGGCUAGUACUCCCCCUUUACAUCGGUCGAAAUCCGCCGAUAGCAUAGUGAUAUCAGCACUGAAUCUGGCUUGUCCGCUGAUGUCACCGCAACCGUCUUCUCUGUCGCUCAACGAUAUGGAUGAAUUGGAAAAGGAGUGCAUGGUUGCCUCCAAAACUUCAUCUCUAGGAUACUUGAUGGACAGCAAGGAUAACAUGGACUUUAUCGACGAACCUGAGGCGGUGCUGGUGGAGGUAGAAGACUACGAAGAGGAAACUGCCGAGCCUCUGCACAUGUACCUCGAGAGGCAUCAAUUGCCCGUAUAUCAGCGACAGGAAUUCAAACCGCUAUGUGAAGGAGAAACUGUAGCUGCUCCGAAAAUUCGGCGCUCUGAAUCUGCCAGGGCUCAGGUCAACUAUGACUUGAUAGAAACGAUUCUGCAACUACUCGCUGACGUCAGCAGAAGCGAUGAGGAAAUAAGAUUGCUACUGAAGAGCGCUAAGCGUACUGUGGAAAUCGAAAAUAAAAUUAAGAUGUUAACUGACGGGCAGAUCCAGCUGGUAAAGAAAAUGCCGGAGAAGAUCGUACAGCUGCAAGAAGCAAAUAACGUCGUCGCUACGAACAUCGUCACCGAGGGAGUGGAGUCUGCCGGAAACAUUCAAGACAUCCUCGGAGUCGUCCAAGACAUAUCGAGCGAGAUCCUCCAUUUGGUAGAGCAGCUGGAGGCGAAUCUGUCGCAAGGGACCAAGAUGGGCUCUAUCUGCGAACUGUGCAAAGAGGUGCGCUCUAAAAUCUCGGACCUCAAACGACACUUGAGUUACGUAUGCGCAGCCAGCGAUUCGGCCUCCCCCAAGACGAAACAACCUCCUAACAAGCUCCAAGUGCACAAGUCGAUCUCUAACGAGUCCGGCGACUCCAGAGGCGCCGCCACCAGCGACAAUUCCAGGUCGAACAGUCAGAAGGAGAAAAAGUUCAUCAAAUGGGACAAUGGCGGUGGCGCCACCAGCGGCCAAGGGGCCGUGAAGAAGCGUAUCAGGUCGAGGCAGAAGAGCGCCCAGAAGCCCCUAGCGGAUUCAGAUGAGGACGAAGACGAGGAAGCUAAUAAGAAAACCGCCACCGUAAGGCAACAUAAAAAGCUAACGAGAACGCGAUCCAUAUCGGAAAGUAGCUUGCCCAACUUUGACCCGAACCUUCUGAUGCCCACCAAGCCGAACGUCGAGAGCACGACGUCCGACUCCAGGGUCGACUCGUCACCGUCCGAUUCGCCGGUAACUGUGUUUGUAAAGACGACCAGGAAGCUGUUCGUUCCGAUUGUCGAAAGCGGCCUGUGCAAGCCGGAAUCUCCGACCAGUUCCUCGAAAGUUGGAGCAUUGCUACCACCUCUUCCGGCAUCGCCGGUGCCCCAACGGAAGGUCUACAAAGAUCUAUCUCCCGGCAUACGCCUGAUGAUAUCCAAAUACAAUCAAAAGCUAUCGGAAACCGAAUCGGGUGCGAAGUCGGGAGGUUCUAGCGGCUCUAAUUCGCCAGUGGCGUGGAGGUCGCCGGUGCUGGAGAGGAGGGUGAGGGCGCAGACUGAGAAGUACCAGGAGGAGCUGAAAAAAAUGUCCACGGCGUUAGGUAGUCGAAUGUGGUCUCAUGGGGUGUUGGAAAUGGCGCGAUGUGUUGCAGGAGAACGGAAGGAGGUGCAGAAAUCAGUCAGCGCUAGCGUGCUGCCGACGGAACCUACAGUCGUGCCUCCAAGGAAAACGUCCCUAAAUAGCUGCGUGUUACCUGCCCCUAAACCCUUAACAUUGGACAUUGCUCUAGCCAAUCAACUGAAAGACGAUAUCACAGGCUUUUCUCCGGAGGUGAGGAUGAGGAAGAUACAGAGGGCCAAGGAGGAGUUUUUAAGGUCAGGGCCAGUCUCUGCGCCUUCCGAAAUAGCCGAAGAGUCGCUACAGUUUCCCGAACGGAACAGGCUCAGUCAGAUCAGCGUCGGCAGCGGAUCGAGCUGCGAUAACUGCUACGCGGGAGCGCUGAUAAAGUCAGCGUCCGCCGGAAUGAUCAACGUGGACGUCGAAGCGUUCAAGAGGGUCGAUCCAGAAUAUCACUCGGAGGGCUACGUGUCUCUGCCGAGAUUCACCACCAAGAAGCCGGGCGGUAAGUCAGCCUUCUCGACGAUAGCGGCGAAGUUCCGCAAGGUGAAGAUGCGCAGAGGCAAAGAGAAGCUGAACGCAGUGUCCACGCUCUGCCGUCAGAGCUUGGUGGUAAACAUAAGCGAGGGGGUUGGUGGAAGCGGCGUCGGAAGCGAGGAGGGUUCAUCCAACAACAACAACGGGGAGAUCUGCGCUUCCGCGGCGGAGCAGGUCAGCUCUAGGAACACCCCUUCUUCCCUAUCGAAGAGCAGCUCGUGGAUCAGAAGGUCGUUAUUUAAGAAGUAGAUAGUGGUUCAUAUUAUUCCCGUUUACGUCGUUUUUACUAACUUUUGUGUACCAUUCUGUUACUUAUUUAUACAAGACAAUAUAAUUAGU